AUGCGUCGCUUAAAGCCCGUUUUCUCAGAUGUGAAGAAUAUUGGGCGCGAUGGAAAGAAAACCACCGUAUCGAUUCCACUGAGAGUGGAUCUUGGGAAGCAGCCUCAUAAGAGUACGGAGGAAAAUAGUCAGGACACCAACAGUCCAUUAGAACAAGAUGUCCCUCUUGGCGAUCUCGACAAGCAGGAACUCUCAACUCAACAGCAAAAUCGCGUUUUGAGUAUCUCUGUUAACUGGGAAAAGGUACGGGAAAAGUUGCUGAAUUCGUACAUUGAAGAACAGCAUCUCCCAGACAAUGUGAACUGUGUGAACUGUCAAAAGAGUAUCGCUACAACACGAUGUGAAUACUGUGGCCCUCGCCAGUACUUUUGUGUUGGAUGUGCACGAGCUCUACAUGUCAAACGAAACAAGUUUCAUGUACUUGAGCAAUGGAAGGUGAUGGGGCAUUUUCUCCUUUGUAUGCAGACGAGGCAACUGUUAGCUAUGGCCAUAGGUGCAGAACCGCAACAGUAA